AUGCCAGAACACUCUCCCAACCCAUCAUCUGGCGUGAUCGGCAGAGCUGUCGACAGCUUCAAUGCUGAGAAGGCGACAGCAACAGCAUCAAAGGCGCCACGGUACUUUAAGUCGGAGGAAGAAUUUUGUGCUCAUGCAGAAGAUUUCGCUAAAAUCAAGUCAAGACCAGUGUCCUUCGCGCCGCUGGAAAAUCCGGACCUCGAGUUCCCCACCAAUCCAGACUUACCCAAGUUCACACAGGUACCGGUGAUCAUCCGCGUAUACGUCCUUCAAGCCUUUAAAACUGCCAACGCGUAUCUCGACAAAGCGAACGAGGGUGGUGAGAAAGAGAAUGCGAAGGCCUUGGAGCAAGAACUCAUCAGUCAUGUCGACAAAUUGCCGCCAUGGAUUGAUCCCACAGAAGAUGAAGCUGAUGCUGGCGACCCUGCGAAGCCCGAAGUACCACAACCCGACAAGAUGGAUAAGCUCACGGACGAAGUUCUCGGCGGUGUGCUCGGGAUCGCUGUCAUUGGCAUCGUCCAGCUUACGAUCCUCGGUCUGCCGUCAGUGGUCUUCAGUCUGACGAUGGCGGUGCUCGCCUUGGGCUCCUGGACCAGUCAGCGAAUGCGUGCGAAGGAACGUCCUACAGUGAGCUGCACAGAGGAAGCUGCGACCGACAAAGCCGAAGCAGUCACAGCCGACCAGAUCAUCCAUAAAGCUCACACUCACCUGCUCAACUGUCAGCUCAUAUACCAUCGCUACCGCGCGACCAUCCUGGCAACGUCUUUCGCGAACCUCGACGCAACCUGCUCGGAAGUGCUCGGCGCAAAAAUCCAGCUAGAGGCAGAGAAGCGCCGACUCUUCAGACAAGUCCAAAGUCGCAGCACUCAGCUUAGUGCCUCCCUCGACGCCCAGAAGCAGCUAGAGAUCGAAGUCCAACAACUCCGAGCCCAGCAGAUCGAGACCGAACGACUUCUUACACCAGAGCUUCGCGACCAGAUCAAGCUACACUGA